AUGAUCGGCUCAGACCGGUUCAACAUCAAACCCAAAGAUGGUAUCGCCUACCUCCAACGGCAUGGUCUUCUCUCGGAUCCACUCAAUCCCCUGCAGAUGGCUGCCUUCCUCUCGGAGAAUCCGCGGCUAGAUAAGCGCACCAUAGGCGAAUUCCUAAGUGCGCGCAAGAACUCGGAGAUCCUCUACGCUUUCGUCAGGCACUUCAACUUUGGUGGCACACGUAUUGACGAGGCUCUACGCGCUUACCUUGAAGCUUUCCGGAUCCCGGGUGAGGCGCCGCUCAUACAGCACCUGAUGGAGCACUUUGCUGAGCAGUGGUUCCAGGACAAUGACGCGCCCUUCGCCAACGCUGACGCUGCCUUUACUCUCUCCUACGCCAUCCUCAUGCUCAACACGGACCAGCAUAAUCCCAACUCCAAGCGGCAGAACGUGCCCAUGACUGUGCAUGACUUCAGGAAGAACUUGAAGGGCAUGAAUGGUGGAGGGGAUUUUGAACCGGAGUUGAUUGAGGCCAUCUACCAGAGCAUUCGGAACAAUGAAAUUGUCAUGCCUAGCGAGCAGACGGGAACAGUACGGGAAAAUUAUCUGUGGAAGUGCCUUGUGCGACGCAGCGAGCACUCCUCCUUCACCCAAUUCCUGCACAUCCCCCCGGGCUCCUUCGACGCUGACCUUUUCACCAUGAUCUGGGGCCCCAGUGUCUCAGCGCUCUCCUUCAUCUUCGAUAAGACCACCGAGGUGGAGGUGCAGGCCAAGGCCAUCUGUGGUUUCGUCCGCUGCGCCAGUAUUGCUGCGCAUUAUCGCCUGGUGGACUACCCCGAGCAACUGCCCUUGGUGUUUGGUCGCAAUCGCAAGGCCCAGCUGGCCACGCGUCUGGUCUUCGCCCUGGUCUCA